AACUUCAAAGGUAAGCAUCAAUACCUUCGAUUCUUCCAGGUAAAAUACUUGUUCGACAUAAUUUGAAGUUUUAAUUGCAAUAAGCGGAAUGGAAUUACAUGACACGGUGACCGUCAGCGCUGAUGCGACGCGUAGACGGACUGGUAAUGUAAGUCACCGCAACCCGGCAUCCCUACCCUGUAGGUCUAAGUCCAAUAGGCUUGUGUUCCGUGUAGGAGUAGCAAGGUACGAUGUGACGGCAAAUUACCAAGCUGUCAAAGGUGCUUGAAUCGCAAAAUGACAUGUCACUAUGGCGAGCGGAAAGGAAGAGGUCUUGGGAAAAGCAAGCAGUACAUCCAAACGCUCGAGCAACGCCUAAAGGAUAUAGAGGUAGCACCGCCGGUCACCCCUCUAUCCGAUAAAGGUCCAAGUCAGAUCUUUGCAGAGCCUAGACACACCCGCGAUAUACCCCCGGUUGACGAAACAGCAACGACCAAUACAACUCAGUUUCUUCCAUCGCGAUGGCCGGAAGAAAUCACCAGAAACAUCACUCACGCCCAGCAGAACAUAAGCAAUCUCGAGCGAACAGUCUUCGUCCCACUUCCACCGAAGGGGCACAUUUUACACUUCAUAUCUAGCGCUCUAGAAGACAUGCAUGAAAUGCAGCCGCUCCUCAGCAUCCACCAUGUUCUGAAGCUUGUGGAUGACCAGUAUUCAGCUGGAUUAUCAAACUGUCACGCCAAUCCCACUCGUUGGGCAAUGCUGAACGCUCUUAUUGCCACGGGCAUCCACUGGAAGGCCGACAACAAGGCGAUAGAAGACUUGUUUCCUACCUCGUGGGCAUAUUUCAAAAAUGCCUUUGCUAUCUUUCCAGAGAUCGUCACGAGCGGUGACAGCAUCGACUCCUGUCAAGCGAUGCUUGUCAUGGCAAUGUUUAUGAAGGGAACCGCCGACGCAAAAGCUUUCACUGUCCUGCUGUCCGCAGCUGCGCAUGCUAGCCAUUGUAUUGGCUUGCAUUUGGAUGAUCUUUGUGGCUCGACCGACUUGAUCGAUAUAGAAAAGCGCAGGCGGUCGUUUUGGUCCAUAUACGUGCUCCAAUGCAAUGCGUCGAUCAACUUGAACCUUCCGGCGCCAUCUUAUGAAGUUGGUGUUGAACUUCCCUCCCAAAGGCCCGAACUAGAUGCUAGUUCUGGUACACAUCUACUGAGGCACAUGUCAACGUUGGCACUGAUUCAGUCGAGAAUAUGUCGAUGCUUGUACCCUGGCUCAUCACUCUGGAAGAGCACUGAUAAGAUGUUUCAGGCUCUUGCUGAAUUAGACAACGACCUCGAAUCCUGGAAGACCGAACUGCCUACAGAAUUUCGACCUACAACAUUGCCCCGAGUGGUUAAUCACGGCACCGUACAGCUCCACUUUGCCUACUACGCUUCUACUUGGAAGAUUUAUACAGCCAUCGGGAAACUCCAUAAUGCCCCUUUGACGUCGAUGGGACGAGAACAUCCAAAUCUGCUGCUGAGUACGCCUACACCCACGCAUAGCGCCCGAGCCACGAUCCUUUUGCUUCAAAGUCUAUCCCCACAGCCAUUGGCCUCUCUAUGGCAAAUCAUAUGCUACCCCACCUGCGCUGUUAUUAUUCUCUUGACAGUUGUGCUUCACAAUCCUGCAGACUCAGAGGUGACUUUGAACGUCGCAUGUAUUGGAAAGUUUGUCAGGUUUUUGCAGAAUUUCCAAGACCAAGAGGGAUGUGAUCUAAAGAAUCUUAUCGACCUUUGCUCCAAGCUAUAUGAUAUUGCAUCCUUCGCACAACACAAUCCAGCAGAUCAGGAGAAUGAGAGUGAAAAUGACACAGCAGGACUAUGGCGGCGGUAUACAGAACUAUGUAUUCGCUUACGAGGUUCUGAAGACCCCAUGCAACUCGCACAGGGCCUUCUAACCAAUAUGCCGCUACCACUCGCAAAGGCGACUGAAGUGUUCUCCGGCAUAUUAACCGAGACUAGGGAAGAUGGGUUCACGCUGGUUGUGCCAAAUGUACUCAAACCGAGUUCAUUUAACUUCUUUGGUAACUUGUAGCUUAACGUUAUUGACAAUAAAGCUACUAUUAAGCAUUACA